CAAUCAUUCGAUACCAGCAAAAAAAAAAAAAAAAAGAAAAAAAAAUCUAAGAAGAAAUUUGUGGAUCGCUUUGGUGGAUUUUUGUCGUGAUUCUGCUACGACGACUCGAAUCGGUUCUCUCUGUUGUUAUUGGGAGUUUUGGUUUAACUGAAAUUGAUCAAAGAUGAUGCCUAUGUACAUGAACUCAUCACAGCCAGGCCAAAUGAGACCACAAGGAGGAUGCUGUUACGAAGGCUUUGGGAACUAUCCUCAUCACGUGACAAUGGAUGCGUCAUCUCCUGCCUCGUGUGAACAUUGGCCUACUCAGUCACCUUGUUAUGGAAGCUGCGUCCACGGCAACUUUCCAGCCUACACUCCUUACUGGCCUCCUACUCCUUGUUAUCCCCCGCAAGCGCCUUACCAUACAUGUUGGAUGAACCAUCCGGGGUUCCAUUCUCACGCUCCCCCUUGUUACGUUCAUCAGCCGUUUCCUGUUGGUUAUCAACAUGGGUUUGAGUCCGAGAAGGAUGUGGCUGGGAAGAAUCGAUGUACAAAGUGUUCUGCCCAAACGUGUUCCCCGAAGAAUGGAACCGGUGUUGUUAUUGAAGAGCAUGAGCCUGAGACUGAGAAACGAAGAGACAAUGGAGAGGCUGUUAAUGAUGUCCGUCCUUAUCCCAUUGUUUGGGUUCCUCAUGAAAAUGCUAGGAAUCAAGAGCAUGGAAGUCAUUAUCAACCUCCUGCUUAUGUUAAAGCUCCUGAGGCUGAGAGUAAGAAGAUGCAGAAAGGUGGUGAUCCUAAGUCUUGGAAUGGUAGUUUUCCGUUAGACGAGAACACACUCAAGUCCUUGAUUCAAAAUCAAGACAGGAAUAAGCUGCAGAACGGGAAGACCUUGGAACUACCUUUUGAUUUCAACAAGCUGAAAUCCUUACUGCAGGGUCAGGGUCAGGGUCAGGGUCAGGGUCAGACCCAGAGGAGCAAAGAUCCGGGACAGCUUCAGUAUCCUAUCUUUUGGAUACCAUCUCAGGGGAAACAGGAAGACGUUGAAGCGUCUGAGAAAAAAGAGCGUGGCAACGAAGGGUGUGACUUGAAGUCUGUCUCCCCUGAUCAUCUAAACAACGGUCAAUGCGACAACAGGAACGUUGUGGGCAAUGCAGUCUCGGAUGCGGAGGAGAAAAGUCUCGUGAGAAACAUCCCGGUGGAGAGCCAUAAAGAACCAACAAGUAUUCCUGUCAAGCUGUUAGAAAACCAUCCUCCAGAACCAGCCAGGAGUAUUGUGAAGACAGAGCCAGCUGAAGACGCAAGAAAAGGGCAGCGUUCGUCUCCACCAAAAGCAUCUAGGUUGCCUCCGGUUUGUCUGCGUGUUGACCCGUUGCCGAAGAGGAGAAGUGGUGGUUCCAAGUCUCUUAGCCCUCCUAGACGGAAGGAACAAACCUUAACGUCAGAACAGACCAAGGUCGCUUCUCCGCUGAGUUCUAAGAUGGUUGAAACAAGGACCAUUCCUGAAUCUUGUAAUGUAAAAUGCGAAGAGGAGAAGCCAACAGGAACAGAAGAAGAAUCAGUUGAAACCAAAUCUGAUGUGCAAGGAGUGACAUUUGAGAUAUUCAAAACUUGUGAAGUUCAGGAGAAUGAAGAGAAGCCUGCAAAGAAGACCUUCUCAGAAGAGGAAGCUGCUAAAAUCAUCCAAUCUAGAUACCGCGGAUAUAAUGUAAGAAGAUGGGAGCCAAUUAAGAAACUGAAGGAGAUAGCCACUGUUCGGAAGCAGAUGAGUGAUGUUAAAAAACGUGUUCAGGCGCUAGAACUAUCCGCUGAUCAGCACACUGACGGAAAGGAGAUCGUAGUUCUGGGUGAAAUGGUGAUGAGCCUUCUAUUAAAACUUGAUUCUGUCCAGGGCUUGCAUCCUAGUAUUAGAGAUUAUAGAAAAUCUUUGGCUAGAGAGCUCUCGGACAUGCAGGAGAACAUUGACUCCUUGAAAAAGAUUAGUGUGGAAAAAGAACAAGUGGAUACUACCUCACAGACCAGUGAACCUCUUGUGAACUUGGAGGAACGUCAGCUUGCAGAAGAGAACAAAAUGGUAUCUGAUUCGAAUACGGAGAAGGAUUGUCCUGCUUCUUCCGAGGAACAUCUUACGAGUCUCAAGAACACCACAGAUGGACAGCUGGUGGCUGAAGCAGAAGAAGUAACUGGGUUGUCUGAAACCUUAGCGACGGAUCCUGAGCCAGCGUCUGAAACAGGCGUGUGUGAAGCGGACUCGACAACCAUUCCAGAGAAAAUUGAAGCGCCUGAGGCUAUGUUACCGAUCAAUCCAUCAUCAGCUGAUGGAAAUGAAAUGACAGUGACGAAUGAGGAAGACAAAGUCAUGGUCAAGAAGUUGGAGGAGCCGUUGCCUGAAUUGCAACAAGAGGUGGAAACGACCCUUGGCUCGGAAAAUUCUUCCGAGGUUUCUGAAACUGUGGCCAACGGUUCUGAGAAUGGCGACAUAAAGAGAGACGAUGAUUCCGUAUUGUCUUCAGAGAAAAUUGAAGCGGUUGAGACUGUUCAACCAGUCGAUUCAUCGUCAGCUGAUGCAAAUGAAAUGACAGUAACCACGGUAGAGAAAUUGGAGGAUCCCCUGCACGAAUUGCCGCAAGUGGUGGAAGCAACUGGUGGAUCGUAUUUUGAAGGCGUGGACGAAGUCUCUGAAACUGUGGUCAGCGCAUCUGAGAUUGAAGACGGAAAGGGAGAAGACGAUUACGUCUUGCCUUCAGAGGAAAAUGAAGCGGCUGAGACUAUUGGACAAGUCAAUUCAACGUCAGCUGAUGCCGAUGAAAUGACAGUAACCAAUGUUGACGGAGACCAAGUCAUGGUGGAGAAGCUGGAGGAGCCGCGAGUGGUGGAAACAACAGAUGAACAAGCUUUUGAAGGCCUGGAAAAUGAUACCAAAGUCUCUGAAGCUGUGGCCAACGCGUCUGAGACUGAAGACAGAAAGGGAGACGAUGAUUCCGUAUGGCCUUCAGAGAAAGAUGUGGAACUGUCUGACCUACCUGUUGGAGUGAUUCAUGAGGAAGUGCAGCUUCUUACACAAGAUUCAUUAUCAUCCCCUGGAGAGGAGAAGACUGUAGUGGACCCGAGCAAGGAGGAGACUAACGUUGACCACUCAUCCACUGGCAUAGGCCAGGGGUCUGAACUUGGGAUGUCAGAAGAAACAAAAAGGCUGAUGGAGGAGAACCAACGAUUCAAGGAAACAGUGGAGACGCUAGUAAAGGCAGGCAGAGAACAACUCGAAGUCAUAUCGAAAUUAACAGGUCGAGUCAAAAGCCUAGAAAAGAAACUGUCACAGAAGAAGAGGACUCAUGUUGGACGCCGUAAACCCAACCGUGGAAAGCAAACAACCAAACCAAUGGCUGCAAGUUGUACUGAUGCCAUAUAAUGUAAAACAAUUAAUUUUGUGUGCUCUUGUCUCCACGUAUCUUGUAUCCAUCUCUAUAUAAAAGUGUGUUUUUGAAAAUUGCACUUCUGUUCUUAAUCUACUUGUAAAUGGAAAGUUCUCUCUGUCCCAUUUCAUUCUAUUUACCGGAAGCAUUUCCUCA